AUGGAAAUGACCAACGGGUCCCUGCAGUACCCCUCCAUACUUCACACGGACUUCGGACCGCUAAAUGACCUUCUGGAGGAGAACGAAACAAACUCAACCGCAGGAGAGCGAAACUGGCUGAACUGCGUUCAGAUCCGGAUCCCUCAGGAGCUCUUCUUGGCACUGGGACUCAUCAGUCUGGUGGAAAACAUCUUGGUCAUCAUGGCGAUUAUUAAAAACCGAAACCUCCACUCGCCCAUGUACUACUUUAUCUGCUGCCUGGCCGUGUCUGACAUGCUUGUCAGCGUCAGCAACGUGGUGGAGACCAUAUUCAUGCUUCUCAAUGACCACGGCCUCCUGGAUGUGCACCCCGGCAUGCUUCGCCACCUGGACAACGUCAUCGACGUGAUGAUCUGCAGCUCCGUGGUGUCCUCUCUCUCCUUUCUGUGCACCAUCGCUGCCGAUCGCUAUAUCACCAUCUUUUACGCGCUGAGGUAUCACAGCAUCAUGACCCCUCAUCGCGCCAUCAUCAUCAUCGUGGUGGUGUGGCUGGCCAGCAUCACCUCCAGCAUCCUCUUCAUCGUAUAUCACACCGACAACGCCGUCAUCGUGUGCCUUGUCACUUUCUUCUGCACUACUCUGGUAUUCAACGCCGUGUUAUACCUGCACAUGUUUGUCCUGGCGCACGUGCAUUCUCGGCGCAUCAUGGCUUUCCACAAAAACAGGCGCCAGUCCACAAGUAUGAAGGGAGCCAUAACCCUCACUAUCCUGCUCGGGGUCUUUAUUUUAUGCUGGGGCCCUUUCUUUCUACACCUUAUCCUCAUCCUCGCCUGUCCCACCAGCCCCUUCUGCAACUGUUUCUUUCGAAACUUUAACCUUUUCCUCAUCCUCAUCAUCUGUAACUCCCUCAUCGACCCGCUUAUAUACGCGUACCGGAGCCAGGAGCUGCGUAAAACCUUGCAGGAGAUGGUCCUGUGUUCGUUUUGCUUCGGCGUGUGACAUCGUGGACAUUCCUGAACAAAACCGAGCGCAACACAACAUUCUUCCUCUGUCUUCAACAUGUCCGAAGAUAGAAUAAGACACAACUGAUAUGUUUAAACAUGCAAAUGUUGCCCGUGCGCGAGUGCACAUGGCAGCUGAAGACUCUGUCACACUGGAAACAUUUGAUAAAUAGAACUGGGUUCCG